AUGCCGAGCUACAGAAAUGUAUGCGUGUCCAUCCACGACGUCGCCGGUGAGAAGCUUGAAGAAUUCGGCUUCCGCAAGUACGAGCGCCACCAUGAAGCAAGCUGCUAUAUCGAAUCGGUCGCCGGCCGCCGGUUCCAAAUCGUCAUCUGCCUCGACAAGAUGCCCUUCCGCGCCGUCGAAGAGCCCGAUUACGACUGGCACCUCCUCGCCACCCUUCGUCUAGACGGGCGCUUGACACCAGAAACGCAGGCCUUGGUGUUCCUCGACAAGAGCCACCCAUACUACCCGAGUGACGGCUGUUUUGUGAUGGGCGAGAAGAAGGUCGGCACAUGUCCUUACACCAACUUCACAUGCUUGAACUCUUGAACUGAUGCACCAUGACACAUCAUAGGUCUGCGGCUCGGACAAUAUCGUCCGCACCCACCGGUGGAUCUUCCGCGAUGUCGGCAUCGAGACCCUUCUGGAAGAUGUAGAACUAAACAAAGCCGAGAUUAGCGAGGAGGAAGAAUUGGAGAAUGCCCUGCAAGGUAUGGGCGCGGAUUUGGAAGAGAAGGAAGAGACAGGUUGCGUCGGUAGGAUUGAGGUUACCCUGGAGCGCGUUCACCUGGAUGGAGCUACGUACUUGGGCCCUGAGAGAGUUUCGUCCGAGCAGGAGGGUUCCGCCACCAGCAUGGCUUUCAAGGUAUGUUGCUGCAACUGAAUUAUCAUGGAUUAAGCUGACUUCUUCGACACAGCCCAGCAGAGAAAUCUCCCACACCGCUCAGCUCGAUGAGGGAACUCGCUCCCCGACCAAAAGCACGCACUACCUCAAAUGGUACCCUUGCACAGCCUUCGAGGCUCCCUUUGCCCGCAUCAAAUUCUUCUAUCGCAACGCACAGGUCCUGCGGAAGUAUGGCUUUGCCGGUUUCGAAGACAAGGGUGUCAUCCCACGUCGGGCCACUUUCCAAGAACAGAUGACGGCCAUGAGUCCAUUGCAGAGCAAGCGCAGCGCAGAAGAUGCUGAGCAAGAGGGGGAUAGUCUGUCGAGAAAGAAGGCUAAUACGGCUAUUGAGUUGCGUGAUGUUGCGAGCAGCGCUCUGCGCACGGCCGAAGCGGAUUCGGAUGAAGAUGAUGAGGAGGAGGACGACAGUGCCGACGACCUGCCCACUUUUUCAGAAGAUGAGGACGAGAUGGAAGACGACAAGGAGAAUCUUCCCCAGGCACAGCCUCAGUCCGCAGUGUGA